AUGUACUGUUUAGAGACCGUGAUUUCGUUACUUCGUGGAGGCAUUUGGAGCUCAUUUGUGAGGUUUUUGCAAGGGUUUGCUCAGAAUAAACUUCCUUUACUCGGAGUUCUGAAAUUGACUAGCCUGACAGUUGUGACACCAACGUUAGCCGCAAAUGAAGCGCCAACACGAAGUUUAACAGGGUCUACAAUGAGCUAUGAUAUAUUAUUCAAGCCUAAAUACUCCCUUCCCGUUAGGUAUCCAUCUUACAGGUUGCCAAUAUCAAUUUUAUUGAUACUGGGAACUAUGUCGCUUUUAAUUUUGGCUGCGAAAAGAAAGUCGAGUGGAGGAAUUGGUAUUGAGCCUAGAAGGAUGAAGAUAAAGAAUAGGAGUAAAAUUUUAGUCAAUAAAAUGAAUUACGAUUUGUUGGAGGAAAAACCCUAUAACUUUUUUAAUCCAGGGAAGUCAUCGAGAAUAAAUUCUCUGAGUGGGUACUGCUGGAAUGUGGGGCCAAAAAUUAGUAGCUGUCAAGCAGAUAUUGAAGAAACUUCUGACACAAAAUUAGAUUGCACAAUCAACCAAUACUGCCAUUCAGUCGACUACAAUAAUCAUGAACCACCUAAAUCAUUAAUUUUGGAAUUACAGAUGAAAAAUAUUUCUGUUAAAGAGUAUUUAGAAUUAUUGCUUGAGGAGAGUGAAGAUGAGGAAGAUGGCCCUGAAGUUGCUUAUACACAGUGCAUUCACAUGUCAAAGCUGAAUAAACUUGAACUAGAAUUGAAAGUGAGAUCUGAAAUUGACUCGAUCUGCUUAAACAGUGAUGAAGCAAAGGUGUACCAGGUAAGUAAAACACUUAGAACUCUAAUGAGCUACGAGCCAGUGGAUGCUCUUAAAGACAAUAAUAACAUUUCGAUGAGCGAAACCUACCUCAAAGAGUUAAAGGCAGCCCUACCAAGGAUUCUUCAAGCUGGAACUCUGAAUGCAUCUUACAAAAUUCCUAUCGUUUUACUUUUGAGAGACUACUUCCUUUAUAGCGAAAACAGGGAAACCGAAGUAAGACAAUUCAAGGACUGUAUUUUGUACUUCUUUGAAUUUAUAAAGCUAUGCGAUAGCCCAAAUGACAAUAAAUUGGCUUCUAAAGCUUUAUUGCAAGUCUUAAUCGCAAUUGAAGAAGACAUGUUUAAUGUGACUAUUCCAAUUAUUUGUAAAUCCUUAAAUACAGAAAAACAUGAAAAUAACCAAUGUUUCGUUCCCAUCUUAAAGAGCCUUAAAAUAGCUUUGGCAAUAAGUGAAAAGGCGAAAUCCAGGAUACUCGCUCUCAAGAGUAUUCGUACAAUUAUCCGAAAAGUCAUACACACUAGUCAGAGUUUAGAUACUGAAUUCUUAAGUGAACUAAACGAAGUGUUUUGGGUGUGUCAGAAUGUGGAUUACUAUGUCGAUGAGGCUAAACUGAGGUCCAUUUUGUCAGAUAUUAACGAAGCCCUAGAAUAUAUUGAAAGUAAAACUUCAGACAGAGAGAAGGAGAAUAGUACGAGCAAUGAAACAUAA